AUGGAUCCUCUGUUGUUUGUGUUCGUCCUUGUUGCUCUCUUCCCCAUAUCAGAAGCACAACUAGACGGGGAACCAGAGCUCAUCCCUCACGCUUCGAACAACACUGAUUUGCGGGAUGCAGUAAAUGAUAUGAGAGCAAAGUCUUACCAUGGAUUUGCAAUACUACUGCAGAUGGUGAAUGGAUUUGCACAACAAAACCGGCCCUUAACCUUCUUGAUGCCACCUGACUCAAAACUAUCUGAAUCCGCAAUCUCGGUGAACUACAUUGAAGAGUUCAUCACAAGCCAUGCAGUCCCGAUGCCUCUCACGUUCAAUGACAUUUUACAUUUUCCAACUGCGACCCUUGUGCCAACUGGUUUUGAUAGCAAGAUGAUCAGAAUCAACAACCGGGGCAGAGCUAGUUUCUCUGUUAACAAUGCACACAUUGUCACACCAAACAUUUGCAAUGGCACUUUCUUCAGGUGUCAUGGAAUUGAUGCAGUAAUUCAGUUUGGGAAUGUUUCAGCUACAUAA